AUGGCAAGGACUAAUAGUCCUACACAUACCCAUGGCAAGGACUAUAGUCCUACACAUACCCAUGGCAAGGACUAUAGUCCCACACAUACCCAUGGCAAGGACUAUAGUCCUACACAUACCCAUGGCAAGGACUAUAGUCCUACACAUACCCAUGGCAAGUGCUAUAGUCCUACACAUACCCAUGGCAAGGACUAUAGUCCUACACAUACCCAUGGCAAGGACUAUAGUCCUACACAUACCCAUGGCAAGGACUAUAGUCCUACACAUACCCAUGGCAAGGACUAUAGUCCUACACAUACCCAUGGCAAGGACUAUAGUCCUACACAUACCCAUGGCAAGGACUAUAAUCUGUUCUGGCCUCAGGGAGUUGGAACUCCCUGA